AGUAGGAGGGUCAAGCAGAGAUGUGCGAUGGUGCUGACUUUAUAAAGGAAUAUCCAUAGCCUAGGCACGUCCAAAAGACACUGUGAAGCCUCACCGUGUCGCAGUCCGUCGGCGGAUGUUUUCCUCUACUCGCGUAUAACUGAGCACGCACUUUCCCGAAAGCCAGGGUCUGUUUCUAACUGUCUGUGGUGUUAGUGGAUUUAUAUUCGGCAAGACGUUGUUUGGCUAAAGGUCGUUAUAUUUUCUACAAAGAACAAUUCAAAACAUCACACGGAUAACCUCACCUUCGCUUUAUCAUGGAAGCGAUUUGUUACCGAAGUUAGCCAGAGGACUAUAGCGAAGUAUCCCCAAAUUAAAAGCUAAGGUGCUGAUCGACCUUUCGUCCAUUUUGUCUUUUAUGCCAAACAAUUUUCUUAACUUCCGUAGGUUUAACGUUAACACCUGUUAUGUUCGCAUUUAACGAAUUUUGACGUGUUGAAUAAAUAAAUAAAAUAAUUAAUAAAUAGAAAACACCUGCAAAUUUCAGCGAAGAAUGCAAAGGACAUGACCGCGUGAGGUUUGAGCGCAGAUCUACGUUGUGGUGAGUGUUUGUGGGGCUGAAGCCAUGCUGAUUUUCCAUACAUGGUGGUGGAGUGUGGUCUUGCACCAGAGCCUGUGCUGCUGAGGUGUUGUGCUGCUCCCUCAUGGCUUUAUGGGAGCUGCUGCUGCUGACUUUCAGCCUCCAUUGCUGGCUGACAGGCUCUGCCAGUUUAGCUGAAGAAGGCCCUGCAGGUCCCCUGGACUGGCUUCUCUCUGAUAAGGGCCCUUUUCACCACUCACAGGAAUACACUGAGUUUGUGGAGAAGAACCGCCAAGGUUUUUCUACAAGAUACAAGAUCUACAGGGAAUUUGCUCGUUGGAAAGUGAAUAACUUGGCGGUCGAGCGACGGGGUUUCCUGAAUUCCCCCUUGCCACUCACCUCAGAGUUUAUAUGGAAUAUUCGACUCCUGGGACGCAGGCCCACUGCCCAGCUUAUUACAGACAACCUGAUCAAGAAAUAUGGGACCCAUUUUCUACUGUCAGCUACACUAGGAGGUGAGGAGGCUCUCACUAUAUUUGUGGACAAGAGGAAGUUGAGUAAGAAAGCAGAGGCGAAUGACUUCACCAGUAAUAGCACGACUGUGACUCUGGAGGCCCUCCACCAGCUGGCUGCCUCCUAUUUCACUGACAGAGAGAGCACUUUGCGUAAACUGCACCGCAUCCAGAUUGCCUCCAGUGCUAUCAAAGUAACUGAAACACGCACUGGUCCUCUUGGUUGCAGUAACUAUGACAACCUUGAUUCUGUCAGUUCUGUGCUGGUUCAGAGUCCAGAGAACAAAGUCCACUUGCAAGGUUUGCAGGUAAUUUUGCCAGAUUAUCUCAGAGACACCUUUGUCCAAGCAGCUCUUAGUUACAUUGCCUGCAAUGGAGAGGGAACUUUUGUCUGCAGAGACAAUGACUGCUGGUGCAAGUGUGACCCGAAAUUCCCAGAGUGCAACUGCCCGUACACGGAUAUCCAGGCAAUGGAAGAAAGCCUUCUGCGAAUCUCUGAAUCUUGGGGUCUUAUCUACAAAGAGUUUGAAGAUUCAGAUGAGUUUAAAAAAUUUCUGAUGAGGCUGCCUCAGAAUUUCUUUCUCAACUCCUCGAUGAUCCAGCAUUUGUGGUCACUGGAUGGUAUGUUUCAGCGGCGCUAUGAACAGCUGGAAAACAGCAUGAAGAGUCUCUUCAAGAGAGCCCAGCGAGUGGUGUACAAGCUCUUCAGUCUCAGCAAGAGGUGCCAAAAGCAGCCCCACAUUAACUUACCACGUGAAAGGCCACAGUCAUAUUGGCUGAACUACUUCCAGUAUUUAAUCUACUGCUCGGAGAACAAUCAGCUGGGCUCCUUCUCAGAAGAGAUGCACACCUGCAUUUGUGCAUAUGAUCACAGCUCCUGCCAGGUACCCACACCAUGCUCUGUUGGGGAAGGUCCCACUUGUGCUGCUUGUGCAAGUGACAACCACACUCGCUGCGGCAGUUGCAAUACUGGCUACAUGUUAAGUCAAGGGUCCUGUCGACCAAUGGUAGCAGAUUCCACAGAGAACUACCUUGGCUUUGAGACUGAUCUUCAGGAUCUAGAGCUACGUUACCUCCUUCAAAGAGCCGAUCGACGCCUGGAGGUUCAUGCAAUCUUCAUCAGCAACGACAUGCGUCUUAAUAGCUGGUUUGAUCCUUCUUGGAGGAAGAGGAUGCUGCUUACCCUAAAGAGUAAUAAAUACAAAUCCAACCUAGUCCACAUGCUAUUAGGUGUCUCCCUUCAAAUUUGUCUUACUAAAAACAGCACACUCGAACCUGCGCUCACGCUCUUUAUCAAUCCCUUUGGAGGGAGCCAUUCAGAGAGCUGGUUAAUUCCUGUGAAUGAGAACAAUUUUCCAGACUGGAAGUCUGUCAAGUUGGACCUUCCACUUGAGUGUUUUAACUGGACCUUGACUCUGGGCAACAAAUGGAAAACCUUCUUUGAGACUAUUCACAUUUACCUGAGAAGCCGCAUCAAAACUCCAGGCACUGGGGCCAAUGACAGUGUUUACUUGGAGCCUUUGGAAAUUACUGACCCUACUCGAAAUUUGGGGUAUAUGAAGAUCAACAGCAUUCAAGUGUUUGGUUACAGUAUGCAUUUUGACCCGGAAGCGAUUCGGGACUUGAUUCUGCAGUUGGACUAUCCAUACACACAGGGUUCACAGGACUCGGCUUUGCUACAACUGCUGGAAAUCCGUGACCGGGUAAACCGUCUCUCUCCACCAGGCCAGCAACCUCUGGACCUGUUCUCCUGCCUGUUACGCCACCGUCUCAAACUAACAGCCAGUGAAGUGGUGCGCAUUCACGCCUCACUACAGUCCUUUAGUGCCCGUCUCCCAAAUUCUUUGGAUUAUGAGACCACCAAACUCUGUAGCUAGCACCUAAAACAUCUAAGCUGAUUGACAGCAAUAGAACAUUUGUAAAAUUGCGGAGUAGACUGUUAAUAAGUCAAGCUGCAAUGCUUUGACUUUCAGUGGUUGAGACACUCUUGGAAACUGAUGAAACAAUUGAGAUAUUCUCUGAAGUUUUUUGUGAAAUUUACAUUCACUAGUAGAUCUUGCUCAAAAGAAAAGACUCAUUUUUAUUGUAUAGUACAACACUGAGAUCAAAGAGGAGGCUUUAACAAUAUACUGUAUGAAGUCUUUGUAAUUUUUAUAUGUUUUGUUUUUGCGUCAAUGGCAGUGUGCUUUCCUUGGAAAGAAUACAGUGAUGUCAGACAUUUUGUAGAUAAAUUGUUAUUAAACAUUGUGUUAU